AUGGCAAAAUCGGUCAUUGAGGCGCUUGUCGGCUUCUGGUUCAAUCUUGUCGAGUUGACAACCGGAAAAGUCGUUAAUUAUUUUGUAGAUGUUCAACAACCAAGACAUAAAAACACCUUGGCGACCGUAAGAACCGCAAAAAAAAAUGCCACAGGAAACGUUGGUGAACGUGGCAACAAAGUGGCUGCAAUGGCAGAACAACUGUUUCAAGUUAUCAAAGAAAGAAAGACAUCGUUUGUGGUUGGGAAGAUAAAGACAUUCGUUGUUCUCUCAGUCAGAGACAACAUCCUCUUUUGGCUAUUCGACGUAUUUCUUGGUCUGGUUCCAGACAAGUACAAGCAUCUAUUCAACUUCAGUGAAGAGGCGCCAAAAAAGCAGGUUGCUGAAAUGUAUCAACAAAUUGCUGUCUGCGAGCAAAACUACAUAAAGUUUACUAAAAUGAUAAAAAAAACUUAA